GCGUGAUUAUUUCGGAGAUUUUUUUUUUCUCUCGGCCGGGGGGGGGUGGCCUUCACGGAAAUAAUUAUCAAGAUCCAAACGACCGUCUUACGCUCCGAGCAGUUUGUUUUCGCGCGAGCGAUUUUUUUUAGGGGCCACGUGCAUGUUUGGGGGGUGUCUAAGUGACAGUCCCGUGCACACAGCCGUGGCUCCUCAUUCGUCAACCACGACAGCACGCUACUGCUGUAGGGACGCACGAAUCCAUAACACCACCAUGGUCGUGGAGGCGCUACUCCUACCCAGGAAUGAACACUCCCAUGAUCUGCUGGAGUACCUCAGUCAUACCAAACAGACUCCGAAGCACCUAUCGCUCAUCCAGAACGCGGCAGCUUACUACCAGUGCCUUGUCACCAAGCGGGAGGCCGGGACCAUGUCAACCCAAUAGAGGGAUGCACACGCCAGAACCAACUACAAGAACUUCACCGUUCCAAGCUUCCUGUGUUGGUGGAAGACCGUGGUCAUUCAAACCCCCGCGAGUUGGCUGACCCAAGACCUUAUGGGCAUGACCACCGGAAACGAUUCAGCCAAAAGGCUCUGCAACACCGACGGUCUGGUUUGGUCCAAGUACCUAUCGUGUGGCCGUGAGAUCAGG